ACCCCCAAGUGUGUAUUCUAUGUUGUGCUUUGUAACGUUGCGCCAAAUAAUUGAGUUCGGAGCGUGGUUAAGAGGUAGACAGCUGGCUCAAUAACGUUAGCUGUUUAUUGAAAAGAUUAUUUUUUGUUUCAACAUUGUCAGUGGACCAGCUAGCUAAAUUGGCGUGGGAGAUUGAGAAGCACCAUGAGCGAAGAGGAGCAGUUCGUGAACAUUGACCUGAACGAUGACAACAUCUGCAGCGUCUGCAAGCUGGAGACGGACACGGAGACCCUGUCCUUCUGCCACGUCUGCUUUGAGCUCAGCAUCGAGGGCGUGUCCAGCUCCACCCUCCUGCACUCGAAGUCGCUGCGCGGCCACCGGAACUGCUUCGAGAAGUACCACCUGAUCGCCAACCAGAAGCUGUCCCGCAACAAGGCCCAGCGGAGCGCCUACCAGGGGGUGAAGACGGCCCUGAGCCAGAAGAUCAGCCGCAUCGUGCAGUACGCCCAGAACCGGGAGGCGGGCUCCGAGCCGGGCCGGCGGGGCGGCCGGCACCAGCUCCUGUGCUGCAGCCAGCAGGGGGACCGCACGCUGGUGCCCCAGUCCGACUCCCGCGUGCCCCGCUACGCCCCCCGCUGGGCCGAGGGCGCGGGCGUGGCCGCGGGGCUCCCCGACCGCGGCCGGGCCGCCGAGGAGCUGGCGCUGGGGGGCGGAGUCCUGGGCGCCGGGGGGUGCGGCCUGUGGGCCGGCGGCAAGCGGGCGCUCCACCAAUCGCAGAAGCAGGGCGUGGCCUCGGCCGGACACAGGCAGCACAAACGCCCGGGCCUCAGCAGAGAGGAGUUGGCCGGGAUGAGCACCGAGGAGCUGGGCCAGUUGAAAGGACAGCUGCUUCUGCAGAUUCAGAAGGUGUUUGAGGAGCUGACGUCGGCUGUCCAGGACAAGGACUCCCUGGCCUCGGAGCUCCACGUCCGCCACAUUGCCAUCGAGCAGCUCUUCAAGAACUGCGGCAAGCUGCCCUGGCUGCAGAUCGGCAGGGCGGGGGUCAAGGCCAGCAACACGCCGGUCGAGUGAGGCGUACCGCCAAGACCAUCGCCUGACCAAAAACAAACAAACAAACAAAAAAAAAGCCCUAAUCUAAGCGUGCUGUCCCGUCUCCUCCUGGCCCAUCCCGCCUCCACGCACCCCCUCGAAUCAGGCCGCCCACACUGCCUAGGGCUGUUCGGGUCGCUGCCCCGCCCGGUUUUCACACGCCUCUGUUCUUAGCGGAACGAGACUGUUCUUAGGACCGUGACGAAACCGCGCGGGAAGGUUGCUUUACUUUGUUUGCACACAAAUAGAGGCGGGGUUAAUGGGUAUAACCUGCCUUCAGCAGGGGACUGAGAAGGACGGGCCUGUGCUGUACUCGGUGUUCGGGACAGAAAGGGCCGGGACGAAGAGGAGGGCAGGGUCCUCCAGUCCAGUAGACCCUCAGACGGGACGUGAGGCUGGACGUGAACAGCUUUUUAUUUUAGGAGCCUUAUUGGGGCGCCUGUCUUCUAUGCAGGACCGCGACGGUCAGCGUCGUAGCGUUCCGUGUUCCUUCAAGUUGUCUAAACAUUUGUCAUUUUUUCUUUUUCUUUUAUGAAACCAUUUUGUGAAUCUACACCAAAAACAAGACGUUUGAACUACCUGCGUGAUCGGGGGCUGUACGGCCAUGUGUGCGCAAAUGUAGGACAGUUUUAAUCAUGAUUUUAGUUGUUAAACUGUUUUUAUUAUUGUCCUUGUUUUUAGUCUGCAGCCUUGCUUGUUUUAUCUAUUUAUUUCCAAUUGCAGUACAAAUCAGUGUGGCAGUUGGGACCUUUUAGUGUCUGUUAUGUUGGACUGUUGGUGCUCGGGGGGGGGGUGUUAACGAUGUUGAGGCCCAGCACAGCCCUGAAGGGGGACUGCUAUCGCGUUCCCUUCUGGACCAAGUUUGCAGUGCAUUCUGGGAGGCCGCCGCCUGUGCAGUUGCCUUAUUAUCCCGACGUUGAGUUGACUGGUUCUGCCGUUGCUGUGGUAACUGCCCCAGAGUUGAGUGGUUUAAUCAGUUGAGUGGAACUUCUUAAUUAGAGCUGGGGGGGGGGAGCUGGCCCCUCCCGUUUCGAGGGAGAAAUCCAAGCGCAAGGAGUCUGCUUUACAAAUUGGUUGGUUUGGAAGUGUUCAGAUAACCCUUACUGGUGUUUUACUGAAGGGAAUGUUUGUGUGACUGCGGAACAGUUAUAUGAUUUUUCUGCUUUGCUGUUUAGUACUGCAUCAUGUAGAAGUACAGGAUACGGGUUGGAUCAGUUUGCGGAUGGCUUCAGUAGAAAGCUCAUGGCUGGAAAGAGAGAGCGUAUGUAUUUAUUAGUGGUUGUAGUUUACAUAUUUAAUUUGCAUUAGUUUUCCUCUUUUUGUCAUUGUAACCUUUUGCGGUGUGUAUCAGUUUUGUUGGUGGGGAUUGCACAUUUAGGAAUGUUCCAGAUUUAAUUUGGUUUCGUUUUCUGAGUAUUUAAAAUAUUGCAUCGUACUGCUGAUCAGGAAGUCGUAAGGAAGGAAACGCCUUUCCCAGAGUGCUGCGCACAAUAGAGGUUCAACUUUGGUUCACACGUUUCAUCUGGAAAAAUAAUUACCGGUUAAAACCUUUUUCUUUCGGUUUUGCUUUCUUGUACUUGAGCGUGAAUGACACUUGCAGUUGGAUUUUUCAUUAUAACGAAACUUGCAGUUGAAGAUGGUCAGACAUUCUAACAGGCACAGAAACUUGCUGAAUAUCCUAACAUUGCUGUUAUAUAAUUGACAGUAUUUCUCUUUCUCGCAUAACAACUUGGACCAUAUUGAACACCAAAUGUACAGUCUGUGAAAAACAAAACCUGUACAAUUCAAUGGUACCAUUAAGUGUUACAAGAAGUAUUACAGGAUGACUUUUCAACAUAUUCUCUAAGUAUUCAUUUUCCCCUGUUCCAACUUGAUGUUCUUAUUGAAUUUUGCAAUUUUCAAACAUUUUUGUUAUUGUUUGCUUGCAAUUUUAACUGUUCUGUGGCUGUAUGGUUAUGGAGUUGUUUGUGAUUUUUCUGUUCAAUUCUCGUUUUCAUGUUUUUAUUUAGCCCGCUCAGUGCAACCACAUCAUUUUAGAGUUUCAGAUAGGCCUAGGUUUGGCCUGCUGUUUUUGUUCCUUGUUCGUAUUCCCAUCAUGUUACUGGAUAGAAAAUGAGUCCAGUGCCCUCUGCUGGCCGUCGAGCAGUGGUGCACUUUCUGUCAAACAUAAUAUUUUCUCAUUGGGUUUUCCUUACAAAUUUCAUUUUUUAAAAUAUAUUCAUAAAAACAAAAAACUAGUAAAUAUGUAUUCACCCCAAUUUCAUUCUCUCUUCAUAAGAGAAAUUAUAUUUGACCCUUUGGGGUUUAAAGAAAGGUUUUUUUUACUUCAGACAAAAAGGAUAAGGUGAAGGUUUUUGUUUGCAUGCAUGAAAUGGUUGAUUUAAUGGUGUGUUGCCGUACAACUGUAGGCCUUUCAUUGCAGGUGGCUGCCCAACCCCCAUCCGAAAGUUUUCAGAAGAUUUAUCCUGCUGACCGCUUUCCUGAGCAGGUGUCUGCCUUGUUUCAAAUGUGUAUGCUGUGUCACAAGUUUCAGUUCAUUCUCAGUAGUGGGUAAUCUCAUCAAUGUGUACAUUUUGCUAUUUUUUUCUUUUCCUUUUUCAAAGUUUGAUACAUAUGUAUUUCAGAGGCCUGGUGAGAUUGGUGUGUGUGUGUGUGUGUGUGCGCGCGUGCGUCUCUGAGACUUUUCCAUUAAACAUGCAAUAAUUUGUGUUUGUGGAGCUUUACUGCCUGUGUGAAAUUUGUGUGCAGUUAUUUGUAUUUUUCCUAAGAAAAAUAAAACUUAUUUUCUUACA